GGAAUUAUGAGAAUAUUAUCAUGGCAAGUGCAGCCCGACCUUGGAUCCUGUGCAAACCAACGUGUCGAUCGAGACGCGAUUGCCCAUGUGUAUAAAUUGCCAAGUCCGCUAUCUAGGCAACCUGCUGCUCGAUCUCCGGUAUCGCGUAGUCGCAACCCGUCGCGAAGCAUAUGAGUACUAUCUAUACCCAUAUAUCACCCCGAGAGAACAGUUCUUUGUCUCGGGCUAGAUGUGCGGUGGUCUCACCCUACGACUGCUGGAUCCCGACAACCGUGUUUAGUCAUGCCGCCUCGCCGCAACAAACGCGCCCCAGCAGACGUCGAUCCAGCCACCAUUAGUGCAGCCGAUAUAGAGCUGGCCUCGGACCCGGACCGUAAGCCAGGGGCCAGCAUAGGACAGGCUAUGGCAAGCAUCGAAAAAUGGAAGGGGAAGCGAACUGAGGUCCGAAAAAGCAUCGGCGAGGACUACGCGAACACGCUGGCGGCUCUCAAAGACAAGAUAAACGCGCACCACGAGGAAGAGAUGCGGAAGGUAUCCGACCACAACAAGCAACAGCUCGAGCGACUGGUGGCAGCGGUGGAAAAGCGCAUAGAUUGCGAAGAGAAGAUCAGCAAGCGCAUAGACACUCUCCGGGAUGACUGUGCUCACAUAGCCAUGCUGGUCGAUGCAGUCUACGUCGGGCGCAAAGAAGCUGCUGUUCAGGUCGCCAGAGCUGCCAGCGGAGGCUCACGUAAAGCCAACGAACCAUAGCCAUGCCGGCUGGCGAGGAUAUACCUACGAGAGGAAACUCGAUUUAGCUUGUAAUUCGCUGCUCUGUGAAGAGGGGUAUGCAUGUCAACAUUUCGUCCCUCUUCUCUUCAACUUGAGCAUGGGACAUCGUGGUUAGUAUGUAAGAGGGUUAACGGGGACUAGGUUGGUUGCUAGACAAAACAGGUGGGUAAUAGCUAUGAAUAUUAUGCCGAUCCUCAAUUCAAAUCGCCAGCAUUGCUACCUGUUUUGAGGCGACUGGCCUACCCUUCUGUUUGACAGGUACUUGACCCCUAUAACGCCCACUACCGCCACCAACCAUGUCCCAUUAAUGCC